AUGAAUCUAGAAAAGCAAGAAUCGCCCAGACCUACCGUCAGUCAUGACCAACGUAUUGAGGUAUCGGACUCCAAACAUUCGUCGCCAAACCUCUCUUUGCAGGAGUCCACGCUGGAUGGGCAAAAUAUGCAAGCAAUCUCUAGCGUAGAUAGCGGCGCCUAUGCAGAACACGGACCUGGAAUCGACCAUAAGAUCCCACAAGCACUUGAGAAACAAUCCAAGCCAGAUUUGUUGUGGAGUCGCAUUCGACAUGCCAUGCGAGAACCGUUCUCGGAAUUCUUCGGUGUAUUCAUCUUGAUCUUGUUUGGAGAUGGCGUCGUUGCGCAAGUAGUCCUAAGCUCAGGUGAAAAGGGCUCAUAUCAAUCAAUAUCUUGGGGCUGGGGCAUUGGGGUUAUGCUUGGAGUCUAUGCUUCCGGUGUUUCUGGGGCUCAUAUCAAUCCAGCCGUGACGUUCUCAAACUGUGUCUAUCGCAAAUUCCCUUGGCGCAAAUUCCCCAUCUACAUGCUGGCUCAAGUUCUAGGUGCAAUGUGUGCCGCCGGUGUGGUCUAUGCCAACUACAAAUCUGCCAUCGAUGUAUAUGAAGGUGGACACAACAUUCGAACCGUGGGCUUAAACACAUCAUCGGCAGGUAUAUUCUGUACCUACCCUGCCCCAUUCAUGACGAAAACUGGUCAAUUCUUCUCCGAGUUCAUCGCAAGCACAAUACUCAUGUUUUGCAUCUAUGCCCUACAAGAUAAUGGGAACUUGGGAGCUGGAAAUCUUACCCCACUUGGACUUUUCUUCGUGAUCUUCGGUAUUGGAGCUUGCUUUGGAUGGGAGACGGGAUAUGCUAUCAAUUUGGCGAGAGACUUUGGCCCAAGAUUAAUGAGCUACUUUCUAGGGUAUGGCCACGAGGUUUGGAGUGCUGGAAACUAUUAUUUUUGGGUGCCUAUGGUAGCGCCCUUCUUCGGAUGUUUGUUCGGGGGCUGGUUGUAUGAUGUCUUCAUCUUUACAGGUGAAAGCCCCAUCAAUACUCCUUGGAUGGGACUAAAGCGCCUUAUACCUGGAGCUCUCAAGAGUAAGAGAGUAGAAUCACUAGUGUGA